GUUGAGUAGUUAGGUGAACUACUGCUGUACCGUCGGUAGCUGACGUUGGCCAACGCAACGUUUUUUGUUGUUUUUAAUCUAUCGACAUCGCAGUGUAAUGGAGCAUACGUGAAAUAGCUAACGUUAGCUAGAAGAUUCGGGACAAAUUGCAGACUUGUUUUGCGUAACGAUAGAUAAACAGCUAAGACGCGAAUCACCUUAUUUUGGUUGCUGACGUUACAUGGCAGUAGCAGUGUUUCGUAAUAUACCCUUAUGGCUAAUUGAGUUAGAUGUGUAAAAUUAUUGCACUUUGCCUGAAUGCAUUUCUACUCCCGUGGACUGCGCAUACAGGAAUGCGUUUCUGACUUCAGUCGUGAUAUUUAAAGAACCAACAUAUCAGAACAGAUUGCAUCUCAUAGAUGGGGAGAACUGUAUUUGAGCCUUGCAGCCAAAUGAAGAACGUCGGGUAGCACAACAAGGCUUCUUCUUCCAUCACAACCCCUGUGGUGUUGUAAAAUAGAUUGGGUCAUUCCAUGUGAAUAUCGGUGUGUGUGUGUGAAAUGUUGUGUGGGCCUUCCACAAACAAACCAGCCAUGCAAUUGUUGCUGCAUUCGACAGGAGGCUGGCUGAGCACUUGACCAGACUUUAUAACGUGUGGAGUCCCAUAGUACACCACCAUGUCUUCAGACCUUCUGGUUGACCUCAAUGAUGACCUUGGAGUAGAUGAUCCACCCAGCAAUGCGCUGGACCUGCUCAAAUUGUCUCCAAUGGGGGACAAGCUGUGGCCCCCAGAUGACUCCAGUAUGAGCAAGUCUGAGACGGACAUAUCCAAGCGGUUGGGGGAGGGGUCACACCUGACCUGGGACCACCCAUACUAUGAUAUUGCCAGGCAUCAGAUUGUAGAAGUAGCAGGUGACGAUAACUUUGGCAGGAAGGUGAUUGUCUUCAACGCCUGUCGAAUGCCCCCUCACCACGAACUGGACCACCACAAGCUACUGAUGUAUCUGAAGGCCACCCUGGACCAGUAUGUUGAGAGCGACUACACCCUCAUCUACUUCCAUAAUGGCCUCACCAGUGAGAACAAGCCAUCGCUCAGCUGGCUGAGAGAUGCCUACAGAGAAUUUGACCGGAAGUACAAGAAGAACAUCAAGGCACUGUACAUUGUCCACCCCACCAUGUUCAUCAAGACUCUUCUCAUCCUCUUCAAGCCUCUAAUCAGCUUCAAGUUUGGACGAAAGAUCAACUACAUCAACUACCUGAGUGAACUGGAGGACAUUGUUAAGUGUGAGCAGCUAGUGAUACCCACCCGGGUGCGAGACUAUGAUGAAAAAAUCCGAGCCUCACUGAAAGCGUCAGUUCAGGCCCAGAUGUCCCCCCCCCGCAGUCCACCACUGCCCAAUCAACAGUUUGGAGUCCCCUUGCCAACGCUAAGAGCGAGAAGAUCUGACAAUGAAGCAGUUCCAUUAGUGAUGCAAGACACAGUGGCCUUCUUAAUGGAACAAGGUCUUGAAAUUGAGGGGAUAUUCCGGCGGUCAGCCAACGUGACCCUCGUUAAGGAUGUUCAGCACAGAUAUAACUCUGGUGAGGAGGUGAGUUUUUCCCAGAUGGAGGACGUUCACCUGGCAGCUGUCAUCCUCAAGACAUUCCUCAGAGAACUACCAGAACCCCUCCUCACCUACCAGCUCUACAACGACAUUGUCAACUUCCACAAUGUUGACAACAGUUCCCAAGUGACUGCGAUCCGGAACAUGCUGGCAAUGCUCCCUGAGGAGAACUAUGCCUCCCUGAAGUUCCUCAUUGAGUUCCUGGUGCAGGUGUCUGCACAGAGUGAGAUCAACAAGAUGAACAACGCCAACCUGGCAGUGGUGUUCGGACCCAACCUGCUAUGGGGACAAGACGCGGCCAUGACACUCAGUGCCAUCGGCCCCAUCAAUAACUUCACCAGAACUCUGUUGGACCAACACCACAAGGUCUUUUCCCCGUAACACGUCUCCUGUACAGCUAUCUCUAACCACGCCACAUUUCAUUCCGUGUUUAAAUCCCCAUCUCUGACCCUGUCUCUGUAUUGGUCUAGUACAGCGUAACUGUGUCUCUCCCAGUGUCCCCUAGUAGUGUUGCCAAAUGCAUGGGUGUAUUGUGACUGAGGACACAGAGAGAGAGAAAAAAAACAGGGGAGACGAACCGUUGAAGAUGCCAAAAGAGGCCAAAAGUCAGGUUAGAAGUCAGGUAUGAAGAAGGCUUUAAUGUCUCCGCCAGAUAUCUAUCACUCAGGAAAGGUUCAACACAGUGUACACGAUUUGGUCUUUAAAACAAUUGGAAUAACCGAAACCAGUUCACAUCUGUUCUGGUUUGAAUCAUAUCAAAUAUUUAUUUUGAUGGUACAGAUUUCCGAGAACAUUUAUGCAAUGUUUUGUGUCUGGGGAGCAAAAUAUAUUUCAUAUUAAUUUACUUGGUAUGUCUAGUCCUAUUUGCGUUGGAACAAAUCAUUUUAGAAUUUCAUAAAUGAUCGGUCGCUACAUUCAAUGUGCCAGUGUACUCCGGUAUUCGAUGUAGUCUAAAUUCUUUCUGGAGUUUAUAUUUUGGCACGUCUUAAGUAUCAUGGUUAUGCGUAAAGCUACAGUCUAUAGCGAAAUAAAACCAUAAGAGUGUGUAUCUACGUUUUUUUUAUUUUAAAUGUUUGUCACAUAUCGCCUUUUAAAAUAUUUCCAGCAAGCCUUUGUUUGUUUCUUUUUGCUGCAUUACAUUUGCCAAGUCUUUAAUUUUUUUAUCAUUUGUACAGGUCAACUAUUUAAAAAAUUGUUUAAAAAAAACUCUUAGUCUUAAUUGUGUAACUUUUACAUUUCAUGUUAUGCCUGAUUUGCUUUCUCAAUACAGGACAGUGUUCAUGAUACAUAUUCUACUUUUGUGUGCAUUAUUACUCUACCUACGACAGUUAUUCCUUGAAAAUCAUUAUCCAGAUGUAAAGGCUUUGACGGCUAGUGUCAUUGCUGGCGAAAAUAUCUUUUAUGAAGCCUUAAAGUCAGUAGGGGAAAUAAAAGGGCUCCUAGUCAUGGAUAGACUGAAAUGCUGUGUACUUACAGACCCAUUGGGCUCUCAGGCCAUACUGUUUUUGUUCUGUAUGUUAACUGUUAGAUCAGUUUUUUUCUGAGCCUUAUUUUGUCAAUUUUGACGUCCGUUGCUUUUGUUCAAUUCCAAAUGCGUUGGAGAACACUAAGAGGGUUCCAUUUGAUUUUUUUUUUAACCUUAACAUAAUUUUUUAACUAUUUGCAGUGGCCAAACUUUUGGGGGUACAACUCCUGUGCUUUGUAAUCCUGAAUGACUUUGUAAUGAACAUAUCCUGAACAAGAACCGUGCUAAUAUAAAGACUGAAUAAGUAAGAGUUCUGUUGUGCUUCUAUGUUUUGUCUAUUAUGAAAACUUCCUAAUCAUGUCAAUGAAACAAUUGCAUUGACAUGCGGAUCAGUGGCUUAGUAGAACCUUUGACCCCAUUUGCGUCUGUGUGCCUUAAGGAAACAGGCGAGUAACUACCACUUGUCAUAUCUCGUGAAAAUUGUGCCCGUUUGUCCACCUUUAUUGUACUGUUUAUCUGUAUUGUCAAAUAGUAUUUCCUGGUUGCUACAGUGAAAAUGAAAUGUCUCUUUAAGACUAUUUUCCUCAGUUCUAGGUAUCUUACUUUCAAGAUCUUUUUUUAUGUUGUGAAUAUAAAGUAUAAAUAAAAGGUGAUGGUUAAAAGUG